AUGCCAUUGAAGACCAUUAACUCCAAAUCUCUCUACUACACUUUAACUGGUCCCACUACCUCCAGUGCCUCCAAUCCGUUGACGCUCAUUUUCGUCCACGGAUUAGGCUCUUCCUCGUCUUUCUAUUUCCCAAUUAUCCCACAUCUCUCAUCUCUUGGCCAUCGAUGUAUCACGAUAGAUACGCAUGGCAGCGGAGCAUCUCGGUACCAUGCAGAUGCCGGGAAUAGCAUAGCUAGUAUAACAUCUGAUGUAACAGGCCUGCUAGAUGCUUUGGAGAUCAGUCGCAACGUCGUUGUCGUUGGCCACAGCAUGGGCGGUAUAAUAGCAUCGCAACUUGCAGCAUCCGAUAAUAUUGGGAGAAUUGCAGCCGUGGUAUUGAUUGGGCCAGUAAACCCCAACCCAGCAGCUGCAGAAGCUUUUGGAAAACGGAUAAAGAUUGUCCAAGAACAUGGCAUGGAGGCAAUGGCCGAUUCAAUUCCACAGAGUGCUACCGGUUCACAGUGUAGUCCCCUGGUUCAUGCGUUUAUCCGACAACUACUCAUCACUAAUGACCCAGAGGGCUAUAUUUCCUUGUGCCAUACAAUUGCAGAAGCACCCGUACCAAAUUAUGCAAGCAUUAAUGUUCCUACUCUUCUCUUAGCUGGGGAGGAAGACAAAUCUGCGCCAUUAUCAGGCUGCGAGAAGAUUUUAGCAGGGUACGGAAGCAAGAUCAAGAAACUAAAUGUCUUGAGUGGUAUUGGUCAUUGGCUUGUCUUAGAAGCCCCAGAUCAAAUCCAGUCCGCGAUUGAAUCUUUUUUACAAACAUUAUCGCAGAACAAGUGA